UCACACUUUCGGCAGAACAAACCCGGAAGCAACAAAGUCUCUGUGAAGGAAUACCGUGAAUUCCUAGCGCUCCAUCCUGUCUACCUGUCCGACAGGUGUAGCCGGCCGACGCGCUCAGGCAGGCUGGCCGGAAGCACCUCUGAGCGGAUCGUUCAUGGUAACCCAUGGAUGAGUGUCUGCAAAGAACCUGCCCGUGUCUGGACUCACUAUGGCAGAGGAUUUUCAGCGACAAAAAGCCUCCUCCUCGAGAACAAGAAGGAGGAGGAGGAGGAGGAGGAGACGCUGUGGUGAUAGCACCGGCCCCGGUCCAGGUACCGCAGGACAGGGUGCCGGAGAGCGGCUCCAUCUACACGGCGCUGUGGUCGUUUGAAGCCCGGCACGCAGACGAGCUGUCCUUCCAAGAGGGGGACCUGUUCAGCGUCAUCAGCCGCAGCGGAGACUGGUGGACCGCGCGCAGGAUCGACACCAACGGGCGCGUCCUCGACACCGGGAUCGUGCCCAAAAACUACCUGAGCCGAGCCGAGUCCCUCGAGAUGCAACCGUGGUAUUUUGGGAAAAUGAACCGCUUUGAGGCCCAGGGCCACCUGCUGGCGCCGGAGAAUGACGAGGGAGCGUUCCUCAUCCGACAGAGUGAGAAAGAAGACAUCGGAUACGUUCUGUCAGUGAAGUCAAACGAUCGGGUGAAGCAUUUCAAGGUUAUCCAAGCAGAUGAGACUAAUUUUUAUGUGGAGCACCACAACCAGUUCAGCUCUCUAAUCGACUUGGUGGAGCACUACGGCGUACACAGCCUGAACACCAGCGGCAUGCUGGGAAGCCCCUGCAAGAGGAAAAAGCCAAACAUCUCCGACCUGAAUCAUUUCACAGUGGACGACUGGGAGCUCCCGAAGGAGGAGUUCAGCCUGGAGGAGGAGCUGGGCAGCGGAUACUUCGCGGACGUUUACCGUGGACGCUGGAAAAACCACAUUAACGUUGCCAUCAAGAUCAUUAAGAGCGACUCUGAGUUGAACCAUCGUGAAUUUCAGAGGGAAGUUCAGAUCCUGAAGAGUCUCCGCCAUCGUCAUCUCAUUUCUCUGUUCGCCAUCUGCACGGCGUCCGCUCCGUACUACAUCAUCACCGAGCUGAUGGAGAAAGGCAGCCUGCUCAGCUUCCUCAGAGGUCCAGAGGGGCAGAAUCAAAGCACAGCGUCACUGAUCGACAUGGGCGCCCAGGUGGCUGAUGGGAUGUCAUACCUGGAGGAGCAGAACAGCAUCCACAGAGACCUGGCGGCUCGGAAUGUCCUGGUGGGGGAGCACUACAUCUGUAAGGUGGCCGACUUUGGACUGGCCAGAGUGAUCAAGGAGCCGUUCUACAUAUCUGAAGACAAAAAGAUUCCCUACAAGUGGAGCGCUCCCGAGGCCAUCAGCCAUGGGAAGUUCUCCAACAAGUCCGACGUCUGGUCCUUCGGUGUCCUGCUCUACGAGAUUAUCACCUACGGAGGCGUUCCUUACCCAGCCUUCAGCAACCAGGAAGUGUACCAACAGGUUACCAACGGUUACAGGAUGCCACAGCCGGCCAAAUGUCCAGAGGCUUUCUACAAGAUCAUGCUGAAAUGUUGGAGCUUCAAGCCCGCCGACCGGCCAGACUUCCAGACCCUGAAGGUUAAACUGGACAGCAGCUCGUACGAGCUGGAGUCUGACACGGAGUGAUCCGGAUCACUGGAGAAGACUCUUAACAAACUGGUUUUACAGGCUUUUGCAAAGAAAGACUUGGAUCAUGCAAACAGAGCCUGAUGUGUUUUAUUCAGUCCACUAGGUCUGCAAUUAUUGAUAAUUUUCAUUAUCGUUGAAUCUGAUGAUUUUUUUAGAGCUGAAACCAUUUGAAACAUGAAUAACUCUAUGGUUCCUGUUGCAUGAUGUGAACAUUUGCAGGUUUAUUAAGUCAUCCGUGAUAGAAAAAUCUCAAAUCUUUUGGGUUGUGGUAAAAAAAAAAAAAAAAAAAGAAAAGAAACUGAGAUGGUCUUUAGAUAAAUACAAUUAACCAGUUAACAGAGAUAAUAAGGAAGCAACAAACAUUUAUUCAGCUUUUAAAGCAGCAAAUCGUCACAUUGUCGAGGCUGGAACCAGAGAUGUUUUAGCAUUUUUACAAUUUAAAACCACUUAAAGGGUUUGUUUGUUUGUUUCACAUGUAUUUCUGUGUUUUCAAUCCAAGAAAAUAUGGAUUAUUUCCAAAGAGGUUUCUGUUGGUUUACAGCUGCCAGCAAAGCGUGAGAAGCCAGUAUGUGAACUGCUUCAUCUUGCAUCAAAUCACUUUCUAUUGACUGUAAAAGUUAAUUAAUUAACUUCGAAACACCAAAAAAAGUGUCCUAAAUAAUACAAUUCUACAAGUGAAGGCUAUGAUCUUAUACAAACUUAUUUUUUAUUUUCCCUGGUAUAUUUUUACGGUCUAAGUAGAAAGGUAAAGUUGUAAAGGUAGGAGUUGUGAUGAGCACAACUGAGCACAGGAAACUGAGAACGGUGACCAUCUGACACCUGACACGCCUCCAGAAUAACCGUACAAUUUGUGAAACUUUUUUUUUUGAUCACUGGAAGUCAACUUAUGAACGCACACUUUGUCAAUGGCUGUUUCCACGGCCAAGGAUGAACACUGAAAAAAGAAAUUAGGAAGAUAAGCUGCUUCUGCUGAUGAAGAUCAUAUGAUAUAAUCAAAAGCUACACAAAGCUAGCUCUGAUGGUUUGGUUGACAGUCUCCAUUUAUCAUUUGCUGGUUGAAAUGAAAGUAGAGCAAAUGUCUUAAAACAGUUUAAACUAUUAAUUUUAAGUCAUGACGUAUCAAGAAGAAUAUCAAUGCAGUAAUAACAUUUGGCCACCAGGGGGCAGCACAGUCACAGGAUCUGAACCCUACUUUUCUUUUCUAACUAGUGAAGUUGUCUUUGCAGUAAUUGGUCUCAACAGUAGCUUUCCUGCAGCACUCACACCUCCAAUAUUUCAACAGUUUCUCACAUUUAGUCCUGCCUUCUCUUAGUUGCUUUAACAUGAAAAUUGAUGCCAUAGAUCAGCAUGAUCACUCUCUGCUGCAUGUACAGUCCUCUGUAUAGACUUGUUUUUGCAUUCUGCCUGUUUUUUAAUGUGCAAUCAAUAAUAUAAUUAUGAC